CUCCAGAGCCCUGAGGGUGCCUGCAUUUCCUAUGAUGCCCUGAGAACGCUUUGCCUUUUGGGAAAUGAAGUCUUUUAGUUAUUUUCUUUUUUUUGUUGUUUUUAAAAGACCUCACCGCUCACCUGAGUACAGGCACUCACAUCGCGAAGGACCCAGGUGUUUGGAGACCAAGAACCUAUCUUGGCAUCUUGAGAUGGCUUCUCCCUCUAGACAGCCCCCACUUGGGGGGUCAGGGCUGCUGCAUGGGAGCCGUGCUCGUUCUUAUGGAAGCCUGGUACAAUCAUCGUGCUCCCCGGUGAGGGAAAGACGCUUGGAGCAUCAGUUGGAGCCUGGAGACACCCUGGCUGGACUAGCACUCAAAUACGGGGUGACGAUGGAACAGAUUAAGCGUACAAACCGCCUUUAUACUAACGACUCCAUCUUCCUGAAGAAAACUCUCUACAUCCCCAUCCUGACAGAGCCCAGAGACCUAUUUAAUGGUUUGGAUUCUGAGGAGGAAAAUGAUGGAGAGGGAGAGGUACGACCAAGUAAGGAUGGUGCUGGUUCGCAUUCAUCGAAGAGGAGGAGUCAAGAGUCAGGUUCAGGCCAGGCCGAUGGCGAAGCCCUCACACCUCACCAGGGAACCCCCACAUCCACCCAUGACCUUUCUGCCUCUGAUUUCCUUAAGAAACUCGACUCACAGAUCAGUCUGUCCAAGAAGGCUGCUGCCCAGAAGCUGAGGAAAGGGGAAAGUGGGUUACCUGAGGAGGGUGCGGGUCUCCACCUCAGCUCCCCUAGGAUGCAGCAGCGAGCAGUCCUCGGGCCUGUGCCACUGACCCGCACCUCUCGAACCCAGAGUUUGCGGGAUCAGGAAGAUGAAAUCUUCAAACUCUGAUGUUCCCAGAACUGAUAAGAGAAGCAGGGUGUUGAAGGAACAGCUGAGAGAGAGGAGUCUGAGGUGUCGCUCGAGCAGAGCUUCCAAGCCUCCCUCACUCCUCUCUGGCCAUCUUGCCCAGCGUUUUGGUCAAGACUUCCUCAGCUAGGGACACUUUCUGGCAAGAGUAGGGGAUGGGAGCAGAGCUCUUCCCAAUCCUGAAUCUAGAGUUGUCCUUUAGAUUCAAAGCCUCCUUCACACCCUUGCUGUCCCUUUCACCAUUUCCUGGGUUAGAGCGGACAGCAGAGACCCCUUCCCCCACCUCUAAUGAUGUUACCUAAUUUAUUUGGUGCUAUAUUGAAAUAAUAUUUAUUUGCUAGAUCUAACUCCUUCCUCCUCUUAACUGAAAAGUGUGAUUUCUGUAUCACUGAAGAGAUGGAAACCCAGGGCAGCAAGUGGGGCUGGCAGGCUGCCUGUCUUUCCCAUCUCCCUAGCCCAGCACGUUUCUGAGGCCAGGAAAGUCAGUGAAACUCACGCAGUCUUUUCCCUUGCUCUCAAGGUAAAGGAUAGGGGCUCAGUCAUAACUGAGCAAUUCCCUGUAACUUUUUACAACUCUUGGCUCUGAGAAGAAGCAGUGGGGUAGGGUACUGACUGAGCCCUCCACCCCUCUGCUUGGCCUGUGGUGGGGCAAAGGGGUGGAAGAGGAUGCCUUGGGGAUCAGAGAAGGCAGCUGUAGAACAUGCCCCCAGCCUGCCUCUGCCUUGUUCCUCACCGUGUAUUUAUCUGUAAUCUGUAGCCAUACAGUGUGUCUUUUGUUCCUUAAGCUGAAGAAAGCACGGCAGCCCAGUGCUACUGGGAGUCUCCUGACUUGUUCGGGAGUGGGGAAUGGCUACAUGAGUGUUGUUUCUAGACCUCUCUUGUACAUCGUCAAGUCUGAGUACGGAGCUAGAGAUUAAACAGUGAGCCCUGUGCA